UCCCCUCUGGGUCCCGCCCACCAGUCAGUACAAAGUGAAAAGCUAUUGAUUUCAGGAACCAGGAAGGAAAAUGCACAGGUGUGCACACACCCUUCUCAGACCAGUUCCUCGGGUGACCCCGCUUUGCUCACCAAUCUGAAUGCGACUUUUAAAGGAAAAGAGACCUUUUAAAAGCUCACAGGUUAUGUUUAAGGCCAGAGAUGGAGCAGGGGAGCUCACACUGAGAAGGAAACCUUGGAGAGGCCUGACCCAAGGUGUGAGGAUCCUGAACAGAAGGGACACCUGAGGACUAAGGCACACCCCCAAGCCCAGAUGGCCAGCUCCUCUGGACCACACAUGCUGGAAUCUAUGUGCUUCUUAUACACAUGGAGGAACUACGGACUGUAGCCGUGGCCAUCUGGCCCCGGAUCCCAGGUCAGCCACAUUCCUGAUGGAGGUCAGCGUGAGGGCUGCUCUGGGACUCUCGCUCACAGGCAUGUCUGGCCUCAGCCUGGUGUCCCCUGCCUGGUUCCCGAGCCCUUCCUUCUCCUAUGGUGUCUUCAUGCACUGCUCCUGGUCACAGGAUAACCGCUGGAACCAGAGCUGUAUGACCUUCGGGUCCCUGAAGGACAUGCCAGGCUUGGCCUGGAAGGUCUCUGCGGCAAUGCUCCUGGGAGGCUGGGUCCUGCUGGCCAUUAGUGCUCUUCUUCUUUUGGCCUGGGCACUGGCCUCAAGAAGAUUAUAUCCCAGGAGGGGCUCUGGUCCAACACCCGUGGUGCAGGCAGCAGCAGCAGCCUCCACUCUUGUAGGCCUGCUGGUUUUUCCAGUCACUCUGGCUUCCCCAUUAGCCAAAGAAGUCUGUGAAGGCUCCUCCGUGUACUACAGUGGAACAUGCCAGCUGAGCUGGGGCUAUGCCACUGCCAUUCUCAAUGCGGUCCUGACCAGCCUGCUUGUUGUUAUUGGAUGGCCUCAGAUGACCACAAACCAGAGGACAGCCUCCCCACACCUCGUGACACUUAGGGAAUCACCCUUGUGUCAGAAUAAACAAAUGAGCAUCACCCAGGAAAGCAAAGGACAAACAAGAAUAAUGUAUUCUACUGUUGUGGGAAUUCUUUAGCCAAUAGCCUUUUGGGUACUGGCCCAUUAGGGUGUGGCCUGAGGUACUACAUGUGGACUGAUAAACCCAGAUAGGAAGCUGGCAGUCUUAGUUUCUGUAUGCAGCUCCUAGCACUGACAGAGCAGAGGGCAGUUGCAACUUUUUUACUGUGUUUCUCCAAAUAAACAGUUGUUAUCCUUUUUAAGGGCUCUCGUGAACUUCCUUAAUCAUGUCUACACUCUACAUACUCAGGUUCAAAUCCCACCUCCUUUGUUUCCAUGCUGUGUGACCUCAG